AAGCAGUAUAUCGUUAAAUGAUUGUGCGGACAGGAAGCAGUCAGUCAGUUACUCGUUAAACCUGCGCGACAAGUCCGGCUCCGCACUACAUUUGGUUUUUUCUUUUACCCAUAAAACAUCCACAGUUUAACGCAUUUAUCACUUUAGCAUGGAUUUAUCUAAAAUGUCCCAGCCGUCCAGUGCUUUGGCGCACGGCUUUAAUUUGCCGGCAUCACAAAGCAGGUUUACCGGAAGCUCGCCAGUAUUACCCACUGCGGCGCUGAUUAGCAUGCAGGAUUACAGUCAACAGCUCCGUGUCCAGCAAAUGUAUGCCGCUGCUGAGAUUGCACGAUAUCGCAACUUACAGCUACUCCCGUCUGCUCCAUCAGGACUUCCAGGCGCUAGCCCAGCGUCUAACCUUCCGAUCCAUUUUCCUGCAUUCCCGUACAACCCAUUACCCGGUUAUGGCACAUUCCCAGCAGGUUAUCCGCGCACCUUAAUGAGCCGAUUUAUGCUGCGCGAAGAACAGCCCAAGCCAACCUACAGUUACAUUGGAUUAAUUGGCAUGGCAAUCCUGAGCACACCCGAACGACGCAUGAUUUUGUCCGACAUUUAUCAAUGGAUACUGGAUCACUAUCCAUAUUUCCGCACGCGGGCACCCGGUUGGAAAAACAGCAUUCGACACAAUCUGUCACUGAACGCGUGUUUUGUAAAGUGCGCGCGCUCGGCAACGGGCAAAGGUCACUAUUGGGCCAUCCACCCGGCCAACAUUAAAGACUUUGAGCGGGGGGAUUUUCGCCGCCGUAAAGCCCAACAGAAAGUCCACCGCAUGAUGGGAAUGGUUGUACCUGAUGAAGACGACGAAGACGAUAGCCCGUGUCCAUCAAUAACCGAUGAGAAACCGGACGGGGACGCAUCAAAUCCCAGCCUAUGUCAAACGCCUUACCGGUCGCUGACUAUCGCCCCAGAAGAAACAUCUCAAAAAGAACGCAGUUCGGCACCGCGCAACAGAAAAUGUUUCGACGUGGAGAGUUUGUUGGCGCCCGAUUGUGGACGCCAUCAAAAAUUAAAGAUCAUGGAUUGUGAGAAUUCGUACGUGGACGCUGAAACUUCAACCUCUGAAGAGAAGCCACAACAUUGCCAGGAAACUAAUACUGCGAAAGCCAACAGCCACAAGCAUCCUCAGCAUGCUGUGCAUACUAAUGGCAAACUUUGCACGGAAUCCAGAUUUCCUCCUGCUGAUCAAUUUGUUUCGACUCCGGCUGAACACCAUUUCCCGGAUGCAAUGCACCGACCAGAAUGCCGCGAAUUAAGUACCGCCGAUACAACCUCACAAAAAUGGAAGGAAUCCUAUGCGAGAAUCAUCGCGCGCUCAUAUUGCAACACAAAGUCUGCCCCUUCUGCAGUGGUAAUCAAGGAAGUGGCUGACUGACGACGGGAUUAUAAUGCAAACCCGGAACUGCGGAAAUAAUACGAAUCGCCUAGCCAGUUUUUGGUUUUUCGGUAGCUGUACAUAUUUUUUGUUUUAACUUGUGUGUCUAUCAGUCCAGUUACAACCUUUACGGCGCACGCAUGCAGCUCUAUCGACAAAGCUCUUUAAUUAUUUUACCUCGGUUUACUGAAACAAUCGAUUGCAGUGGCCAGAUGAA